GGCGGCGCCAACAUGGAGCGGGGCUCUGCUCGCCAGGCGCCCGCAGCAGCUCCGGACCCCCAGCCGGGGGAAGAUCGGAUUUCCGGAGCCAUCGAGGUAGAACAGAAAUUUCUUUUCGGGCCCAACACCAUCGAGAAGUUAGCCGAGCUGGGAGCAAUCUUGGAAGGCGGUGUCUCUUUUCGCGACAGCUACUAUGACGUCCCCGAUUGGUGCUUGACGCGAGCGGAUCAUUGGCUGCGGGAUCGCGAGGGGGUGGGCUGGGAGCUAAAAUGUCCCCCGGUUAGGCUGGUGGGAAGCAAGGGGACCCCGUGUGCAGCAGAGACGGAUAACCGUCCGUCCUCUCCGGUUUUGCAACCACCGAGGGACACAAGACCAUCCCACGCGGCCAGCCAGUACCAAGAAGUGACGUGUCCCCAAAGUAUCGUGACGCGCCUCUGUGGUUUAUUGGACAGAGACCCAGGACCGAACUGGCGUUCUUGUGUGAACAAAGCAGUAGAAGAACUGGGCUUGCAGGUGUUUGCUAGUUUCGUGACCACGCGGCACAAAUACCGUGCGGGGGAUUUGCACGUUGAUCUGGACACGGCGGAUUUUGGCUAUGCCGUGGGUGAGGUGGAAGCCGUGGUCCAGCAGUUACAAGAUGUCCCUGAAGCUCUGGAGAAGAUUCAGAAGUUUUCCAGGCAGCUAGGUUUGGGAGAAGAAACCGCCAUACCUGGCAAGAUGUCGGUGUAUUUGCACAGAUUCAGACCCGCCCAUUACCAGGCCUUGACGGAGACCGGAAUUCUGCGGAAAGUGAUCAAUACAACGGAGGGCCAGGAUGGAAAAGUCUGAUGGGUCAAGAACCAGGAUGGGGGAGAGAGAGUUUUUAUCUCCAAACUACGGGACAGUCCAGAAUUAUCUUAUAAAUUAAA